ACAAUACUUUCCUCAAAUAAAAUUUUUGAAACAAUCAGAAAGACGAAAUUAAAAAUGAAUCAAACCUUUGAUGCCUAUAAGAAUCAAAAGUCACAUAAUUAACCAGAGAAAGCAUCUUCGUCUCUUCUCCUUUCCCUCCGCUAAAAAAAUGGCAAAACUCAAAUAUCUCAUCAUCGGAAAAGUCAAAGACAAAGCUUCAAUAGGCAAAGCCAGAUUGUUUCAUAGUUUCAGCUCCAACGCCGUCAAGUACAUUCACUUAGCCCUUCUGAAAUCAACAACUCAUACUUCUCACAAACCACCCGAUAGCAACUAUGUCUCCGACGUUAUCUCUUACUCCAACAGCCGUCAUGGUCCGGCAGCUUUCGCGGCGGUUAUGUGGAGGUUGCGAGUCACAAAAAACGCUUUCGUGGCCACCAAGUCUCUCAUCGUCUUCCACAAACUUAUCAAAUCAUCAACAGACAAGUUUGAAGGACUUGGUCAUAGUUGGAUUAAUCUAAAGUUAAAUGAUUUCUCAGAUGUUUCUUCUAAUCUCACGAUAGAAUUGUCACGAUGGGUUAAAUGGUAUGGACUAUAUUUAGAUCAUCUCUCAUGGAUCUCAAAGGUAUUGGGGUUUUAUCCAAAUCUAACGGAGAGCUCAAAAGAGAAGUCUAAAGAAAAAGAUUGUGUUUCGUCUCACCAAACCGGGUACAUAAUGAGACAAACCGAAUCUCUUGUGAGUUUCUUUGAACAUAUAUGUACCAGACCGGAGACUCCACCUCUGUUCCAAAACAAGAUCGUGGACGAGAUCAGAGAGCUCGUGAUUCAAGACUACUUCACGGUUGUCAGAUUGGUUAUGGUGCGGCUUCAAGUGUUGAGCGAAAGAUUGAUCAAACCGGGUAUCGAACCUGUUGGUGAUUCCGGUUCAAACGAUUUGAGGUUGGUUUUGACGAGGCUUGAAGAAUGCAAGGUGAGUUUGAGUGGAUUUUUUUGGUGUUGCAGACGUUUGGCAGAAGAUUUUUGGUCUUUGGUUGAGAUAUUGAAGGCCAAGAUGGUACAAGGCGAUAAGGAGAUGGUUGAAUUCCCCGGUUUCGGUCAGACCACGGUUAAGGACGAUGAGGAGAUGGUUGAAUUGGCCAGUUCGGUUCAGACCGAGUGGGUAACAUUCGGCGACUCCGAGACAGCAACGAAUGAGUUGUUAAAAUGGGAUACCGAGUGGGUAACAUUUGACGACUCCGAGGGAUUGACGAACGAACCUCUCCGGUUCAGCCUAUAUACAUAACAUUUGAUAGCUGAUUGGGCCAGUUAGGUGAGAAAAUAUCCGGUUUACAAUUGGUUAGGCGCCUCACUAGUACAAUCGUACCAGCUUUAACGGUUUAAUUUGGUUUUUGUCUUGGAAUGGGAUUUUUCCUUCUAUUUAAAAAUUAUGCUUAGUUUCUUCUUUUCACAACGACAAAGCAUGAGUGAUUUCCGUAUGUAAAUAACAUCUUGAGAAACUUGUGAAGUGAAAUUGUGUUUAAUUUCCU